AUGGAAACCGCCAACCCUAUCAAUCACGGCUCUUCAGGGAUACCGGCCUCUGCUCAAUCAGGCCACUGGUUCCCAGCCUUUCGCCCAGAAAUCCAUGAAGAAACUAGCGAUGACACACACGCCGGAAUCCCUUCGGAGGCGAAGUCAAGAGACAGGGUCAACGGCGAGAUGCAUACUGUCCCGUCGACGCCUUUCUCGGCGCGACAGGGUACAGAUGUAGCUCCAGAGAAGAGUACCUCUACAGUUCUGACAUCCGAAGGGCCUGGUGCGGCGAGGACAGAAUAUCGUGCGGAUGAACCUUCAUCGCUGUUAUCAUCCAACCAAGCAUGGCCAUCUGCAUCACCGGACGCGACCACCGGGGCUGAUGAGAUACCCUCAGACGACGACGAUGAACGCUUGGACCCGGCUUGGGGAAUCAAACGCCUAGAUACAUCCCACAUCUUGGACAGCAUUCACCGUUCGACAACGUUCCCCGAGCUUGCUACACCUGACCCUUCGGGCGAUCAUGUUGACGUCAAUAAGCGCGAUGAGCCCGAGGCCCGAACGCUAAACGAAGGAGCGGAGGAAUCCAGGGGCACAGAGCAAAACGAUGUUCAAAACGAAGUUGCUACGGAGCCACAGAGAUUGGACUGGCUCGACGACAGUAAUGAAGUGAAUGGCGAUGCUCACCCGUGGACAGCACCCGAGCAGGUCGAAGCAGUCGAUGAGGGGGCACAACGUUUCGAUGAAGGCGUUCCUCUGAUACAAGCAGAGGAGAGAGUCGACACUGAUCGGGCCAGCUCACGAAACGAACCCGGACCUAAUCCCUUCGACACAGUCGCCGACGACGAAGAAACCCUAUUCUUUUCUAGCAUCACGAAUUCUGCGCCAGCUGCCGACAAUCCCUCCCUAGACCGAAAAUCUACGGCUCAAGUACUGGACUCGUUAAAUUUCUCGGCCAAAGACAAGUCGGAGUUCCCGAUUGCGACGGAACAGGCAGAGCCUUCGUUUUUCGACGAGGUGGCUAAGCUGCAGAACGAGGCCACUGAAGGCCCACCUCCGGAAGAUGUUGAUGCAAUGUGGGCGGCCGCACUUGAAGACGACGAGUUUCUGGUCGAGGAUGCCGACGAUCUCCUUCCUGACUCCGAGCCUGGUUCUCCCUCCUCUUUUCUUGCAUCCAUACAGGAAUCGGCAGCGUUACCGGACGAAAAGUUUGAUAUAUCUAGCUCACAACCUCCGUCCAAUACUGCCACCCAACAGAACCCGCUCGAGAUACAACGACCGGCAAAUCCUUAUGCUCCUCACCAACCAUCCACUUCAGAUCUGCUCCAGUUAUCACCUACCGCACGUACAACCCAUAAUAACAUUGGGAUUUCCAGACCAGAACUGGCGCCCUUGACUUCAUUUCAAUCGCAUCUGCAGCAAGACGCUCCCCCCCAACCAAUGAAAAGCUUUGUGGACCAGGCCAGAGAUGGUUACAAGUCACCAUACGAUCUACCUAUGGACAUUGCAAAACACAGGAGGAGGCCACAUGUCCCUCACCCUGUUCAGACAACGCGACCCGUGGCUCCCCCUCCAAGAAGUAGCAGUCUGUCGGAGAAUCCCCUUCAAUCACCAUUUUCUCCACAUGUUCCCCCGGCGCCCGCUUCAGCUGCCCUGCCACCGACCGAGCCAGUGCCCAUGGAUCCUCCUCGGAGCGUCUCAGCCUUCGAGCAGCCGGCGAGGCCAAAGGCUCGGUCAGGAUCUUCGAGUUUUUUUGAAGAAUUACCCAUCAGCUUCAAGCCGAGGCAUGCUUCAAGCCAUGCUUCAAGCCAUGGUCAUUACAUUCCUCACCAACAUGCCUCCGUUCCUCCGCCACCGCUUCCAUCCCAAAGUCAGCCCAGCAUGCCUCUAUCGCCUCCGCUACAGCAAGUAUCUCCACCUCGUGCAGCAGAUCCCUACUCUCAAUACCAGCUUCGUGCGCCUGAGCGUCUAGACCCCUAUGCGAAUGCGCCACUAGAACCACCUGUUGCGCCGCCGUCAACGUUGGCUGCAAGAUAUUCGCCAGCGCCUGUCACAUCAGCACAAGCUCCACGGAUGGGACCUUCUCCCCGAUACUCUCCCGCACCUCCACCUCAGACAGCCCCUUCAAAUUUGGCACAUCGGUAUGCCUCGAAGCCCGCCGCUGCUGCUCCGCCUCAAGCGCCGCCGACUGUGCUGAACAGACACGUAUCACAACCCCCGCCCCACCCCUCUACAGCUGCCAAUAUCCUUCCCUUUCAGCCUCGCACGUCAAGUCCUCUGGCAUACCACAAGAGAUCUGUCGAUGAAAGCGCGAAUGAUAUACCGAUCUCGACAAGCUAUCUCCCCAAAGCUCCUCAGGUCUCUACUACGGGCGUUCUAUCACACCAAACUGGACCAACUGAUGAAGACAUACGUUUCACCCAUUCGACUAUAACUACAUCGCCGCCCCAACGCUCUAUGCCUGAGCACCUACCGCCUCCGCGCCGAUCACAAACCCAGUCUCCGUCGAAACAGCGUCCACAGCCAAACUUUCCUACCUACAGUAGCGAUGUGAUCAAUCGUCCAGCCUCAGCGUAUAUUCAGCCACCGGCGGAUAGGACCUUGGCACAGUUGGACUCUGUGCCACCAAGGCCCGAUUUUGCGCCGAGAGGGUUGGCGCCAGAAUUGGAAUUCGUGCGGCCUCUAGAUGACACUCAGUUUGACCCAUUGGAGCGUUGGAAAGGUGCUCCCAUCUUCAAAUUCGGCUUUGGCGGCUCGAUAGUGAGCACUUUCCCGAAGCACGUCCCCAGAUAUACUGCGGGUGCAAGCAGGCCUCAAAUCAAAGCCUCCCCGGGAGCGGUUUCAACACGAAGUACGAAAGACAUACUUCCGCACGCCGAGCUCCUGAACAGCUUCCCCGGACCUUUGAGGUCGAAAUCGAAGAAAAAGGAGCUCUUGACCUGGAUGUCGAACUACAUAUCUAGUCUGGAGGCCUCUGUGCCCGACGCUGCACCUAUCCAAUCUCCACCGGAUUUAAGCAGACAUCACCACGAGAAAACCCUGCUCUGGAAAAUCAUUCGUGUUCUCGUGGAGCAUGACGGUAUCCUUGAUGGUGCGGCCUUGAAAGCGGUCAACCCGAUUCUGGCUCCCGAAGUUCACGCUGUGGACGAACCAAGCGCAAGUCAAUACCACGGCGACCAACUGUUUUCAGGAAUCUACCGUCCUGCUGGCGGUAAUAUACGGCCGGAAUCUGUUGAUCCUAUGGCAGUUGAGGUCCUCAGAAAGCAACUUCUUGCUGGCAACAGGCAAGCUGCGGUAACCCAUGCUAUGGACAACCGAUUAUGGUCCCAUGCAUUGGUUAUAUCCUCUACCAUGGAUCGCUCGAUGUGGAGCCAGGUAGUGCGGGAAUUCGUCCGUCAAGAAGUCAAGACUGUUGGAACCAAUGCCGAAUCACUGUCUGCCUUGUAUGAAAUCUUUGGCGGCAAUGUUGAAGACAGCAUCGAUGAGCUCGUACCACCCUCCGCUCGCGCAGGACUGCAGAUGGUGAGCAGAGUCGAUGCUGCUGGACCGACCAGGAACGCCCUUGAAGGGUUGAACCGCUGGAAAGAGACACUCAGCCUCGUUCUGAACAAUCGCUGUCAAGGUGAUCAUCAAGCACUGGCUGUCCUUGGUAAACUACUGGAGGAUUACAACCGAAUUGAAGCGGGGCACAUCUGCUACUUAUUCUCGAGAAACCCUGCAAAGCCACUCAUCGUUGGCGGGCUCGACGACGAACAGACUCCUAUUGUGCUAUUAGGCGCCGAUCACAAAGCAAAACCGUUUGAUUUUGGUCGCGAUCAAGAAGCAAUCUUGCUUACCGAAAUCUACGAGUUUGCAACAAGUGUUCUUGCACCGGGGGCACCACUCUCGUUCAUGCCCCAUCUGUCGGUCUACAAAUUACAGCGGGCGACGGUUCUGGCGGAAGGAGGUUUCAAGUCAGAGGCCCAAUUGUAUUGCGAUGCCAUAGCUGCAACAUUCAAGUCCAGCACGAAAGUGUCGCCAUACUAUCAUCCUUUGUUCCUAUCCGAGCUAGAUGACUUGUCGAACCGUCUCAAACAAACCCCAAGUCAAGGCUCGUCAUCCUGGAUUGGGAGACCUAGCCUCGAAAAGGUGUCAGGGUCCGUAUGGAAUAAAUUCAGCAGCUUUGUCGUAGGCGAUGACAGCGAUGCAGAAUCCAAGGGUUCGGGCAAGGACGCCGCCGAAGCAGGACCGUUUGCCAAUGUUACUGGCACGCCCUCAAUCAGCAGAUCUGGUUCCCAAUCCGAUCUAUUUGGGUCGUAUCCGCAGAACGUCGCUGCAGCUGGGUCUAGAUAUGCUCCGAAUGGGAUCCAGUCGGCCCGCUCUUCUUCGGAGCUGACCCGAGGGCGGCCUUCCUUUGACCAGCAGCGAUCACCUCCUACCACUUCCUACUUUCCCGCCAAUCGUCAAUAUGAACCCUUGAACAUGCUUCAGCAGGGAUCGACCGCGCCACCUUUGAACCCGUACCAGGCUCUCGCAACAUCUCCACCGCAAACCUCAUAUCCACAAAGCCCUAGGAAGUCUUCCUAUUUGCCGAAUAAUGUCAGUCGAGCUCUGGGAUCGAAUGAGCCUCCAGUGCAACAACAGACGUAUUUGCCAACUCCGUCAUCCGAAGAGGUCAUCCAGCAACCUUAUGGAUAUGCACCGGAGCUGGUGGCAAGCUCUCAGAACCCCGAGCCGGCAGCAUACGGCGCCUAUGAGCCAAUGCAGCAGCCGGAAACACAGGCACCUUUUCAGCAGGGACAAGGUUAUGGGGGCUACGAGCCCCCUACCCAGUCCUACAGCUAUGAACCUCCAUCUGGCGACGAUGGCUAUGUUCCUUAUGAACCAGAGCUUGAUUCUCCUGAGGAGGAAAGGGAGACGAAGCCCAAGAAGAAGUCGUUUAUGGAUGAUGACGAUGACGACUUUCCUUCAGUGGCCAAUCAAGCUCCGCCAUCUGAGCGCAAACCCACAGCGGACGAAGACGAAGCUGCGCGUCGACGUGCAAAUGAUGCGGCUGCAGAAGCAACGUUCCGUGCAGCUGCAGAAGCAGACGCGGCGCAAGCCAAAGAGAAAGAACAAGCUAAAAGGGCAUCAUCCUGGUUCGCGGGAUGGCUGGGAGGCAAAAAGGGUGCAGACGGGCUUGAUGGAGCCAGCAAGAGUGCCGAGCCAAAGGUCUAUAAAGCCAACCUGGGAGAGUCAAAGAUGAAAUUAUAUUUCGACAAAGAGCUCGGUAAAUGGGUGAACCCAGACAAUCCUGAUGCUUCGAAGAAGACCGCAACACCCCCACCUCCGCGAAUGGGUGGAACGCCUGCCCCUCCGAUGGGUGCAGGUGGGCAUUCGAGAGCUCCAGGCUCCGGUCCUACCUCGUACUCGAGUCUCCCAAACAUGGCCAUGGCUCCACCUUCAGCACCCUCCAGCCGGACAGGGACCCCCGUUACCGGGCCUGGGAUUACCAACGUCCCGUCACCGCCUACAGGUCUGUCAGGUCCACCAAGUGGUUCAGGAACUCCACCCCUGGGCGCGACGUUGUCUCAUGGCCUCGCUCCGCCGCCUGGACCGGGCUCUCGUCCUGGAACAGCGACGAGCAACGCCAGCAGCAUUGACGACCUCAUCGGACCUGCGACCGGUCGCAAGAGUGCGAAAGGAGGAAAGAGAGGCAAGACAGGCCGUUAUGUGGAUGUCAUGGCAAAAUAG